AUGUUCUAUACACAGUUGCUUAUGAGCAAGCGAGGGCCAUUGGCCAAAAUAUGGCUUGCAGCUCACUGGGAGAAGAAGCUCACAAAAGCCCAUAUAUUUGAAUGUAAUUUAGAGGCAACUAUUGAAAAAAUCAUAUCACCUAAGGUAAAAAUUGCGCUGCGAACAUCAGGCCAUUUGCUGUUAGGAGUGGUUCGAAUCUAUCACAGGAAAGCAAAAUACCUUUUGGCAGAUUGCAAUGAAGCUUUCAUUAAAAUGAAGAUGACCUUUCGCCCAGGACUAGUUGAUCUUCCAGAAGAAAAUUUUGAAGCUGCUUAUAAUUCUAUCACAUUGCCAGAAGAAUUUCAUGACUUUGAUACCCAGUUGCCCACUGUGAAUGCUAUUGAUGUUUCUGAACACUUUAGUCUGAACCAGAGCAAAGCUGAAGACAUUACACUUAAAGAAGAUUACAGUUAUGAUCUCCUUUUUCAAGCUGGGAGUUUUGGUGAUGAAUCUGAACUACUUCGGAGACAAAGCUUCUUUGAUGACAAUAUAUUGGUACAUAACAGUACAAUUUUGACUAGACACAGUGGUUCAAGCCUUCUUGAAGAAAAAUCUGCAUUGUAUGUCAGUGGAGAUGGAUUCGGGGAUGAAGGAACUGUAGGGGAUAUGAUUGAUAAGCUGUUACAAGAUGACCACAAUAUUCUGUUGGAAGACUUCAAUUUGGAUGGAGAAAUUUCUUUGCCUCCCGAACCUCUUGAAUCACCUGAUUCAGUAGUUGUAGAAGUAUGCAAUUCAGAAUCUAUAUAUCCAGAGUCUAUAAAUCCACCUGACAAUCAGCAAAUGAAUGGAACUAUGUUAAUGAUAAAUGAAGAAGAAGAAUUUACCCUUGAUCCAAUUAAUCUUGAAGAUAUUGCACGGAGAAGGAAAAGCAAACGUAAGAAGAAGCUACUUAUUGACCCAGUGAAGGAGCUCAGCAGCAGCACCAUUCACAAACAGCUUAGUAACUUCAUGGAUACACUGACUGUGUUGGAACUCGCCCCCCCUACCAGACGUUUGAUGAUGUGGAAGGAGACUGGGGGAGUAGAUACACUUCUAUCAAAUGCUACCCAGUUUCUGAUUAAUCCUGAGCUUAAAAUGUUGUUUAGAAAAUGCUUUCAGUCAUCAGGCUUUAAAAAUAGAAGAAAAUCUUCACAGAUGAGAUCUGAAAUGGAAGAAGCAAGAAACAAUGACCUCCUAGAGACUUCCAUGAUGGAAGAGCCAUGCAAUCUGAAAGAGUUAACUCAUUCAAAAAUGAUGACAGAUGGAACUGAAGCUCUGUUGACUAAAUGUGGGAGUGACAGGCAUGAAGACACCAAUGAAAAUGCUGAUGCUAUGCAGGAAGCAACUGAAAUGGUUUCUUUCAGGCCUGAAAAAUCUUUGUCAAUGAAUGACUUUUUGGGAUUGGAAGUCGAAAAUUACCAAAUUGAUUUGGAAAAUGAGGAGACUUUGGAGAAUGAGAAAAUUACUGAGGAAAGAAAGUGGAAUCAAAGAACACUUCAGAUGUUAGAUUAUUUACGGCAUUCCAACAAUAUGGGAACGAAGUCCUUUAGCCUGAUGGAACUCUGCAGAAAUAAUGACCAAAAACAAGCCGCUGCCAAGUUUUAUAGCUUCCUUGUCCUCAAGAAACAGCAAGCCAUUGAGCUUAGUCAGAGUGCCCCCUAUGCAGACAUUAUAGCAACAGUGGGACCAAUGUUCCAUCAAAUAUGA